AUGUUUUUAUAUAUGUACAGUGGAAGAACACUAUGUCAGAUUCGUCGCCCCACCGAAGCUCGUGUUGAAGCCUCGGCUGCUGCAAUUAGCGAGCUGCUAAAGCGCGAAGGAGACAACAUGACAUAUGGACCGGCUUCUCAACGAUACUGGGCGAUAUCGCAUGCACGGCAGCCCGAAGGAACCCCUCUUGAGCCUCCAACCAGCGCUACGUUUGCCCAACUACAGCGUAUCGACGCCCUACAAUCCGAAAUGAGUACGUCAGCAGCGAUGGCCGAGCAGCAUCAGAAUGAGUCGCACCAGCGCCAGUUCGUGCGUGUUGGGUGUCGCCUUAAUGGAGGGGUUAUUGAUUUAGACUUAGACGUGGCUGACCUCCGCAGAGCUGUCGGAUUACCGUCCUACGAUCUUUUCCCUGCCUUUCGCCCCGACCUAGAGCAUACGACACCAGCCGUCAAUGCAAGCGACGUAGAUCACACCGAGCCCAUCCAACAGUGA